CAGCUGCGCGCCUCUCCUGGCUCCGCGAGCGCCACCGCCCCCUCUGACCAGGGACAGCCGGUUCCGGGCCGCGCUCCCUCCCCGCCGGGGCGCCCUCCUUUCCGGGGGUCCCGGCCCCCAAGGUGGUCGCGGCUACGGCAUCCUCAGGCCAGGCCGCGGGGGGAGGGAGCGGCCUGGAGGCCGUGGCGGGGUCAGCACGGGCCACCGAAAGCAGGGCCAUGGAGCCCAGGGAGUCGGGGAAGGUAGGCCUGGAAGGGCCCUGGGGCCGCCCACUCCCCUCCCGUAGAUCCCUGAUCUGGGCGAGGCGGGCGGUACAGGCGGAGUCCUCGCCGAUGAGCCAGCCUUGCAGGGAGGGACUCGCCCGCUCGCCCGCUUCUUGCUCUGCACUUGGGCGGCCGACACCGGGCGAGUCCCGCGCAGCCUUCCGCUCCCUCCCCACGCGGCUGGCCUAGCAGCCCUCCGCCGAGCCGCCACCCGGUUGACGCUGGGUGGGUGACCCGCUCAGUGUAGUAGUGCGAAAGUGCUUCCUGUUUUCCCACACCACCACUGGCGUUUGGGAGAGGCCCAGUGUGUUUUAAGGCUUUGAGGCUGGAUCGGACCCCACUGGGAGCCAGGCAUAGGGGUCACCGAGAGGCAGGAUGAGGGCUUGGCCCUGCCUGGAUCCCCCUUCCCAAGAAAGGGCUGAGAAGAAAAAGACAAGGCAUCUGGCAUAUUUCUUGCCGAUUUCUGUUUCUAGCUUCUCUACUUCGUGGAGUUUCUGAGUAUUGCUUAGAAGCAUAUUUCAUAAACUUGCUUCAGGCUUUGAGCAAGAGGCUGUGAAUUGGAAGAAAAGGUGGGGAAAAGUGCUUGAACUUAGAGUUAAAUGGGUUACACAGGAUUGCUAGAGCUUGGAGUCAGUGUCAGCAAAGACGAGCGUGGUCGCAGGCACUUGAUUCGGAGAUAUUGGCAGCCUUUGGGGACCGAGAUCUUUCUGGAUAUAUUUGAUACCAGUUCUUGAGGAUUGUUUCUUCUUUGGCACAAAGGGAAUCUCCUCAACAAACGUUUUCGAGUGCAUACUGAGUCUCUCCUUUAAAAAAAAAUUGCUCAUUUAAUAAACAUUUGUGAUCUGUGACUUAAGUUGAUGGAGACGCCGGGAGUACAAGGAUAAAUAUGAAAUGACUACUUUCCUCCAGGAGCUUUCCUGCAGUUUUCACUUCAAUAACAUGGACAAGCCUGGAAGAGUUGUCCAACAGACAAAAGACAGAAAGGAUAGUGAGGUUAUUUUGAUGCUGUACUUUUUCCUGGAAAGACUGGGAAGGACUCUGAAUUACAAAAGAAGUUACUCCUUGCUUAAUCAUCUCUUCCGUACUCCAUCCUCUCCACAAGCUACAGUGAUGCAUUUUCCAGAUGAAACAACCUAUAAACAGUCCAAGACAAUAAAGCUCAACAGAACCUAACCAGAGAAAGAUUGAAGGCUCCUGUGACGUUUGAUGACAUCACAGUGUAUUUGCUUCAGGAGGAGUGGAUGCUGCUGAGUCAGCAACAGAAGGAGCUCUGUGGUUCUGGCAAGCUGGUGGCACCACUGGGUAUGGACUCCUGUUCACUUCCCCACUGCCUGAAUCUAGGAAAAAGCAAGAUGGGCUUCAUAGAAGAAAUGGACAUGCAAAGUCCUGCCAGAGAAGCUGGACUCUACCUGCCUCCUCAGAAGAAAGCUUGUCCUUCCCAUUUCAGCUCAGAGGUUGGCAGCAUCCAGGGAGACUGCACAGGAAGAAGCAGAAAACCGUUGAGGCCCCGGUCCAUCCAGAAGUCAUGGUUUGCGCAGUUCCCGUGGUUGGUCGUGAAUGAGGAGCGGACGGCUCUCUUUUGCUCUGCUUGCCGGGAGUAUCCGUCCGUCAGAGACAAGCGGUCAAGGUUAAUAGAAGGUUACACAGGACCAUUCAAGGUGGAGACUCUCAAAUACCACGCCAAGAGCAAGGCCCACGUGCUCUGUGUCAAGGCCCUGGCAGCGCGGGACCCCAGCUGGGCAGCCCGUUUCAGGAGCAUCCGCGAUGUGUCUAGAGAGGUACUGGCCAGUCCGGGGCACCUCUUCACUGCAGAUUAUCCCAUAUUUUACCCCCCGGGGCCUCUGGGGGUCUACGAUAACAUGGCCCAGCUCCUGCCCAGCUCAAGAGCUGCACUGGAGGCCCCUGGAGGGAGUGGAGCAAUGCCUGCAUUGUACCUAGACGGCAUUCCUGAUUUCAGGCAAAAAGAAAUUGCUGAUGACAUCCGCAGCUCCCCAGACGUUACCAUUUUGUGUCACGACUCUGCUGAACCCCGUGGCCAGGAUCCUUCUGAAGAGGGGCUGUUUGAGGAGGUCCCCGUGGUGUUUGAGGAUGUGGCGGUGUAUUUCACCCGGGAGGAGUGGGGCACGCUAGACAAGCAGCAGAAGGAGCUGUACAGAGACGUGAUGCGGAUGAAUUAUGAGCUGUCAGCAUCCCUGGGGCCUGCUGCUGCCAAGCCAGACUUGAUCUCAAAACUGGAGCGGAGAGCUGCACCCUGGAUCAAGGACCCAGACGGGCCGAAGUGGGGGAAAGGCCGUCCUCCAGGGAAGAAGACGACGGUGGCCGUUAGAGAGGCGCACACACAGGCCUCGGCUGUGGAAUCUGCACUGCUCCCAGCUCCUGCCAUGGAGACGUGCACCUCCUCCUGCAAUCCCAGACUUUGUGAAGUAGAAGCAGAUGGACGGAGGAAAAUCAAGAGGACUUACAGACCCCGCUCCAUUCAGAGGUCAUGGUUUGGGCAGUUCCCAUGGUUAGUAAUUGACCCCAAAGAGACCAAGCUCUUCUGCUCAGCUUGCAAAGAAAGACCUAGUCUCCACGACAGAUCAUCCCGGUUAGUCCGAGGUUACACGGGUCCUUUUAAAGUGGAGACUUUAAAGUACCAUGAAGUCAGCAAAGCACACAAGCUCUGUGUCAACACCCUGGAAGUCAAGGAAGACACCCCGCAGGCCGCCCUCGUCCCCGAGAUCUCCAGUGACCUGAUGGCCGACAUGGAGCACUUUUUCAAUGCCGCCUAUUCCAUCGCGUACCACUCGAGGCCCCUGAACGACUUUGAGAAGAUCCUGCAACUCCUCCAAAGCACUGGGACCAUGAUUUUGGGCAAGUACCGAAAUCGCACUGCCUGCACUCAGUUCAUCAAAUACAUCUCCGAGACUCUGAAGAAGGAGAUCCUUGAGGACGUCCGGAACUCCCCGUGUGUGAGCGUGUUGCUGGACAGCGCCAUAGACACCUCUGACCAGUCCUGUGUGGGUAUUUACAUCCGCUACUUUAAGGGAAUGGAGGUGAAGGAGUCCUACAUCACUCUGGCCCCACUCUACAGCGAGACGGUGGAUGGAUACUUUGAGACCAUCAUCUCUGCCCUGGACGAACUGGACAUCCCCUUCCGGAAGCCUGGCUGGGUGGUGGGCCUGGGAACCGACGGCUCAACCAUGCUGAGCUGCAGAGGAGGUCUGGUGGAGAAGCUGCAGGAGAUCAUCCCCCAGCUGCUGCCGGUGCAUUGUGUGGCCCACCGGCUGCACCUGGCCGUGGUUGACGCCUGUGGAGGCAUCGACCUGGUCAAGAAGUGUGACCGGCACAUCCGAACUGUCUUCAAGUUCUAUCAGUCCUCGAACAAAAGGCUGAAUGAGCUGCAGGAAGGCGCGGCCCCCCUGGAGCAGGAAAUCAUCCGCCUGAAGGACCUGAACGCUGUCAGGUGGGUGGCCAGCAAGAGGCGCACGCUGCACGCGCUCAUCGUGAGCUGGCCCGCCCUGGCCAGGCACCUCCAGAGCGUGGCGGAAGCAGGUGGCCAGGUCGGGCACAGGGCCAGAGGCAUGCUGAAGCUGAUGAAGGGCUUCCAUUUCGUCAAGUUCUGCCACUUCCUCUUGGACUUCCUGAGCGUCUACAGGCCUUUGUCCGAAGUGUGCCAGAAGGAGAUCGUGCUGAUUACGGAGGUGAACUCCACGCUGGGACGGGCCUACGUAGCACUGGAGACCCUCCGUCACCAGGCAGGACCCAAAGAGGAAGAGUUCAAUGCCGGCUUCAGGGAUGGGCGGCUCCACGGCAUCUUCUUGGACAGAAUGGAGAUGGCAGAGCAGCGGUUCCAGGCGGACAGGGAGAGGAUGAUCCUGACUGGGACUCAAUACCUCCAGCAGAGGUUUGACGUGGACCGCCCCCCGCAGCUCAAGAACAUGGAGGUGUUUGACGCCGUGGCCUGGCCAAGUGGGGUGGAACUGGCCGGCUUUGGGAAUGAUGAUAUUCUUGCCCUGGCCAGAUAUUUUGAACUCUCACUGCCCCCAGGAUACAGCGAGGAAGCACUGCUGGAGGAGUGGCUGGGCCUGAAAGCCAUCGCCAAGAACCUGCCAUUCUCCAUGCUGUGCAGGAACGCCCUGGCCCAGGGCUGCCGCUUCCCCUUGCUCAGCAGGCUCGUGGCAGUGGUGGUCUGUGUGCCCGUCUCCACCUCCUGCUGUGAGCGCGGAUUCAGUGCCAUGAACCGGAUCAGGACCGAUGAGAGGACCAAGCUCUCCAACGAGGUGAUCAACAUGCUCAUGAUGACAGCGGUGAAUGGUGUGGCGGUCACAGAGUACAACCCCCAGCCCGCCAUCCAGCACUGGUACCUGACCUCCUCAGGUCGGCGUUUCAGCCACGUCUACACCUGUGCCCAAGUGCCACCCCGCUCCCACACAAGGGCGGGGCUCAGGAAGGAGAAGAUGGGAGCGCUCCGCGUGGAGGAGGCCGUGACCCAGAAGCCACCCAUCCCGUCCUACAGGGAACCCGUGGAGGUCCUGACGGACUGCAUCCUAGAGCCGCGCCACGGACUCCUGUGUCCCCACCCCAGCCAAGAGGCCCUGGGCUGUCCUGAUAAAGCGCUCCUGUAAGAGCAGGACUCUGAGGGGUUGCCUUGGAGACCCCCUGAUGCCCUGGCCCUCGUGAUCAUGGUGACAGGCCCUGGGAUUCUAGGCUGCCCUAGAGUCUUCGCUUGGUGGGGACUCUCUAAGCACUGGGAAGCGGCAGUGACAAGAUAAUUCAGCCCACAUCCCAGGGAGGCGGGGGAUCAGGGGGAUCAGGAGGCGCACAGCCUGCUUACCAAGGCUCCCCCUAGGCUGGGCCCGACCUCACAGCACUUAAGUAUGCAGAAGGGUUCGCAUCUCAAGCUCAUUUUAAGGUGCUUCAGGACAUAAUUCCAUCAUGAAAGAUUUUGCCCCAUGUUUUGGUGGCAGGAGGACUUUUCUGAAGUGGGAGAGACGGUUGGGGGUAAGGGGCUUAAAGGAGCACUCCAGCCCCUGGGUAGCUGGGGAGCAUCCCAGCGGGCUGCCCACAGCCUGAGUGGCGUGGGGUAGACACAUGGUGAGGGACAUGGGAUGAGCAGGUCUAGGAACAGCUGGCCUGGCUCUGGGAUCUAUCCCCGGGCUCCAUGGCAGAAGCAGGGGAGCCUCAACUUCAAAUGGGAGACUCGCAUCAGAGACUUUCUCUAUCUCCUCCCAGGGCCUUCCUUUAGGAUGAGGCAAGCAAAACCCCUUGGCACAGAGCAAUCAAGAAAGGUUAUCCUCCUGCAGCUCCCAGACAGGGGAGGAGUGUUUCCCUGGAGGGGGCCUGGCGUUUUCCACCAGUCGCAGCCCUUGUGCUGUGCUGAGCCCGGGUCUUCUACAGAGCAGAGCGGACAGGACAAGUUUGCACUUGGGGGGCUUGGGAUCCUGUCCCAACUCUGCUGCAGGCAGUGGUUCAACCAUGAUUAAUCCCUUCCUCUUUUCUGUGCCUUGGUGUCCCUCUCCAUGAAGUGGCAGGAGAGAAUCCAAGUGCCUGCUGGUACCCCAGCUGCCACAGGACUGAUGGAUGACAGCGCCUCCAGCUCUGAAAGACGACCCUCAGGCUGCCUUCAGCCCUUGUCCUUGUCCCUUGCCACCAGAGUCCUUAUUAUGGGAAGAGGUGCUCUCUCGACAUGCCCUCAGCAUAAUGGUCCAGUCCACUCUUCCCAGAGUUGCUCUGGGGACCAGCUUGGGGAUCACUAGGGGUGUCUGUUUAAAUCUGUUUCACCCCAGACCCACCUGAUCAGAUCCCCGGGAUUGUUUCCAGCAGGGCCCCCCAGGAACUUCGUGGGCUCACUCAAGCAUGAGAACCACCACCCUGGCGGCACAGAAGGGUGUCCCACACUGUUUGGUUCCCGUUGCCCUUUCCCCAUCACCCCAUCUCCUCUUCCACCCUGAAGUAAAGCACUUUUCCUUCCAGGGCAGCUGCUUUGGGCAGGCUCCUAGGCUGCUCAUCUGGCUGAGGAUGAUGUAGUGUCUGGGUCCCGCCUUCCUAACCACAGGUGGGAAACGAGGGGAGGUUAGAGGGACGGGCUUCUUUGCCGCUGCCUUUCUCUUGUUUUAGACGGGCAGGAAGUAGUGCUCCGGCCUGGCCCUCAAGCAGCCAUCUGUCCACCUCCCACUCCUAGAAGGUGCCGAGAGCCCCUGAGAUGCUGGUACCGAGUGUCUCACUGUCUGGCAGAACCCCUGGUUCCCAGUGUCUCUGACUCUCCCUUCCCAGCACCCCACCCUUAGCACUUAGCCUUAGCGCCAUCGCUUUCCUCAUUUCUUCAGCUUCGAGCCAGGAAUUCCGUUUUUGCUUUCUGUCUUUUCACCUGUGGCACUGUCUCCCUGACAGCCCCGUGUUCUGGGGGCUGAGGUGUACCACGGGCCCUUGGAGCUUGAACCCUGGCGGUGCUACUGUCCACGUGGCCAAGAUGGAGCCCAGGCCUCCCUCCCCCAUUCGCAUAGGUCACCGUGGGGAGUUCAGGAAUCUGCACUAGGCCAGGCGCCGCGGGUGUGAGUUGGUGGGAUGGAAGAGAGGAGGGCCCUUUAAAGUGGGGGUUAUAGUCCCCACCCUAUCCGUAGCGAUUCAAAUUGAGGUGACUUUCUCGCAGGCAUCCUCCCCAUGGCACCUUCCAUCCUUUAAGAAUCCUCAGAGCAAGAGGCUAGUCCUGUGAGCAGCGCCAUGCCUGAGUGCCACACGCACAAUUCCCUGUGCGAGUCUAGGCGUGGAGGUGGAGGCCAGCUAGGGACGCCCCUGCCUCUCCACAUCUGUGCUCUGAGGAAGCCUCUGAUGCCAGCUCGUGAGAAACUUGGGCCCCUUGUUGGGGGGGGGCGACUGAAAAUGCUAUUUAUCACAGGGAUUUGCACUAUCCACUUUCUCGAGGGGCACAGGCAUGCCCUGGGUCCCCUCUGUUCACUAAUGGCAGAGAGGACGCUAACCAUUUUUGUGCAGGACCCCAGGUUGAAUUGUGGUGAGACCCCUUGCCCAAGCUGACAUCUUGUUUUGUUUCAAGAGACUUGCAGCAUUUCAGACCCCAGGGCCUGGAGACCCUGUUGUUGGAUAGCCUUCCUAUUUUUGCCUCACAAAAAAACAAGCUGAAGGGCAUUGGGGAUGGAAGGAGCAAGCUCUCUGCCUUUGGCCAGAGUCCUAGCCAUGCCUCCACCCUCGUUCCCUACCUGUGAUCUCCAUAGACUGCUGCCCACAGGGCUGACAUUCUGAGUGACCAGCAUUUUAACUGACAGUUUGAGUUCAGUAACCAUAGAGACCAGGCGGGAAGGAGGGACCCCCGACCCCCUGUUCUAGCCAGACACAUUGGAGUGUGAUCUACUCCAGACCCUUUGCUUCCCUCGAAGCCCAGGUUCAGUUACUAGGGCGCUAAGCAUUUAGCAGGACAGUGUGAAGAUGGGCCGUUUCUCUCAUCCAAGUGUCUGUCAGCCGAGGUCACCCCAGGUGAUUGGCCCAGGGAUGUUCUCUCCUCCUCUGGUUUCAAAGAUGUUCAAAACAUGGUUUAAAAAACCAUGUCUGGGGCUUCUCUGGUGGCGCAGUGGUUGAGAGUCUGCCUGCCAAUGCAGGGGACACGGGUUCGUGCCCCGGUCCGAGAAGAUCCCACAUGCCGCGGAGCGGCUAGGCCCGUGAGCCAUGGCCGCUGAGCCUGCGCGUCUGGAGCCUGUGCUCCGCAACAGGAGAGGCCACAACAGUGAGACUCCCGCAUACCGCAAAAAAGAAAAGAAAAAAAAAAAAAAAACAUGUCUG